UGAUUGCUUUUUCCUCUAAGCCGAUACGGCCACAACCGAGAUACCCGAGUCUGAGAGCCACUGGGGUGUUGCAUCAAUGAGCUGCCUCAGAAAUUACCGCCUGUUUUGGACACUUCCCAUUAUUGAUGGGAUGUUGCACAAGGGUUGAAAUGAUCAUAUGCGUAUGAUGAUUAUUGUACAUUUGGGAAUGCCGUGGGGAACGCAUGUGCUGCCAGGGUGCCCGAUGCUCCUCUCUACUUCCCUUCUGGGAGCCGGGGUCUUCUCUGAAAGGGGCUAAUCCAGCCACCUUCCCUCACCUGAUCUGGUGCUGGGGUGUGAAGCCUGUGCAAGGGGGAUUUAUUUUUAACGAGGCGGCGCUCCACUCUUGAAAUGCUUUAAUUGAAGCUGGUGAGGGCUGCGUAGGGUCUCUCUUCACGCUCUGAACUUUGUUCGUAGUGCAAAACGGGUCUGUGCAUCAGAAGGAUGGGUUAAACGACGACGACUUCGAACCCUACUUGAGUCCUCAGGCCAGGCCGAAUAAUGCAUACACUGCAAUGUCUGACUCCUACUUACCAAGCUACUACAGUCCAUCCAUUGGAUUCUCCUACUCAUUAGGUGAAGCUGCCUGGUCUACAGGGGGUGACCCACCUAUGCCCUACCUAACAUCUUAUGGACAGCUGAGCAAUGGGGAGCCUCACUUUCUCCCAGAUGCCAUGUUUGGACAGCCAGGGGCCCUUGGCAGCACUCCAUUCCUCGGACAGCAUGGCUUUAACUUCUUUCCAAGUGGGAUUGACUUUUCAGCAUGGGGAAAUAACAGUUCUCAGGGACAGUCCACUCAAAGCUCUGGAUAUAGCAGCAAUUACGCUUAUGCACCUAGCUCGCUGGGUGGAGCCAUGAUUGAUGGGCAGUCUGCUUUUGCCAAUGAGACUCUGAAUAAGGCUCCUGGCAUGAAUACCAUAGACCAAGGCAUGGCAGCAUUGAAGUUGGGCAGCACAGAUGUUGCAAGCAAUGUCCCAAAAGUUGUCGGGUCCGCUGUUGGUAGUGGGUCCAUUACCAGUAAUAUCGUGGCGUCUAACAGCUUGCCUCCAGCCACUAUCGCUCCUCCGAAACCAACUUCCUGGGCUGAUAUUGCUAGCAAACCUGCAAAACAACAGCCCAAGCUGAAGACCAAGAAUGGUAUUGCAGGUUCGAGUCUUCCACCGCCCCCAAUAAAGCAUAACAUGGAUAUUGGAACUUGGGAUAACAAAGGGCCGGUGGCAAAAGCUCCUUCCCAGGCUUUAGUUCAGAAUAUUGGUCAACAGCCAACCCAGGUGUCCCCUCAACCAGUGGGUCAGCAGAUCAAUAAUAGCCCACCAGUGGCCCAGGCUCCACCAGGGCAACAACCACAGCCAUUGCCCCCACCACCGCCACAGUCAGCUCAGCUGCCAGUGCAGCACCAGGCAGCUCAGCCCACCCGCUGGGUUGCACCUCGUAAUCGUGGCAAUGGCUUUGGUCAAAAUGGAGUGGAUGGUAAUGGAGUGGGACAGUCUCAAGCAAGUUCUGGUUCUGCUCCUUCAGAACCACACCCAGUCUUGGAGAAGUUGAGAUCCAUCAACAACUACAACCCCAAGGAUUUUGACUGGAACCCAAAACACGGCCGGGUUUUCAUCAUUAAGAGUUACUCUGAGGACGAUAUCCACCGUUCCAUUAAAUAUAAUAUCUGGUGCAGUACAGAGCACGGCAACAAGAGACUGGAUGCUGCUUAUCGCUCCAUGAAUGGGAAAGGCCCUGUUUACUUACUGUUCAGUGUCAACGGCAGUGGUCACUUCUGCGGCGUAGCAGAAAUGAAAUCUGCUGUGGACUACAACACAUGUGCAGGCGUGUGGUCCCAGGACAAAUGGAAGGGACGCUUUGAUGUCAGGUGGAUAUUUGUGAAGGACGUUCCUAACAGCCAACUCCGGCACAUCCGCCUAGAGAACAACGAGAAUAAGCCAGUGACCAACUCCAGGGACACUCAGGAGGUGCCUCUGGAAAAGGCUAAGCAGGUGUUGAAAAUCAUUGCCACCUACAAGCACACCACCUCCAUCUUCGAUGACUUCUCACACUAUGAGAAACGCCAGGAGGAAGAGGAAAAUGUUAAAAAGGAGCGCCAAGGCCGCGUCAAGUAAAAGGCUCUCCCUCCCCCAGAGACUGCAGCAGAGGUUGCAUUCGGGAUAUCUUUCAGAGAGAAGAAGAAAAUAUAUACUGCAGAGAGAAUUAGGACUUUUUUUUUCUUAAUUUCAUUGACUUCAAAAACAAAACAAAAAGAAAAAAAAGACUCUUACGAACUUGCAGUUUAAAAAAACAAAACAGAAGAAGGUAUCGGAGUUUCACCAGAGGCAUAGGACUGAAAAAAACAAAAACCACAAAAAAAAUCCCUUCUAGCUAGAGUAGAGAUAAACACUGUCCCCUUUCUUUUGGCUUUGGUUGUGAUUUUGGAGCAUACGCUUUGUUUUUUGUCUUUUUACUAUGUUUUCUGGAUUUUAAAGUCCAUAAGAGGCAUAUGCCUGUUUUUCUCUCAUUUUUAAAUUCUGCCGCCUCCCUUCCUGCCAGCCCCUUUUGCGCCCCCCUGGUUUUGACAUUUGCACUUGGAACCCCGAGUUGUGACUUUUUUUGGACCUCCACCGCUGCACGUGGAAUAUCUAUUUUUUCCCCCUUGGACUGGAAGAAGAGGAAUUUUUAUGAAGAAUUUGAGGGGUGGGGGGCUGUUUUGCGUAGAAGAAUCGAACAGAAAUUGUCAACACGGUCGUGUGUAAGGGAUGGUUUGUUUUCUCUGGCCCCUUGUUACUCAAAAGUCAAAUACUAGGAGUCCUAAGAAAUGUUCUGUUCUUGUGCAUUAUACAGAUUACAGAUUAAGUCUGAAUUAAUUUGAUUUGAAAGCUGAGAACAGUGGUAAAAACUUGUUUUGUUUACAGGAAAAUGAAUUUUGGACGGAAAAAAAAAUAUUGUAAAAUGUGUAGUGAACAUGUUUCUUCAGUUUCUUGUUAAGCCAAUGAGGAAUGGGCGUUGCCUUUCUUUUCACCAUUAAUCACUUCUCAAUAAUAAACGUGAGAUCCUGUUGAGCAUCA